AUGUCAGGAGAAGGUUGUUCUAAUACACCUAUCAACUUAAUUCCCAAAAGUGAUUAUGUUGAACCAAAUAUUGAAAUUCCACCGACAGUACUUGUCCUAGGGAUGGCUGGAUCAGGCAAGACUUCAUUUGUCCAGAGAUUAAGUGCUCACCUUCACUCAAAAAACACUCCACCUUAUGUUAUCAAUUUGGAUCCAGCUGUGCAUAAGGUUCCCUACCCAGCUAAUGUAGAUAUAAGGGACACUGUUAAAUAUAAACAAGUUAUGGAAGAGUAUAAUCUUGGACCCAAUGGCGCUAUCAUAACUUGCUUAAAUUUGAUGUGCACACGUUUCGAUCAGGUGCUAUCUAUCAUCAAGUCUAGAGCUACGCAGUAUUCCACAUGCAUCAUCGACACACCAGGGCAAAUUGAAGCUUUCACAUGGAGUGCAAGUGGUUCCAUCAUCACGGAUUCUCUGGCGAGCAGCCAUCCAACAUGCAUAGCAUACGUCGUCGAUUCGGCUAGAGCUACCAAUCCAACAACUUUCAUGUCUAAUAUGUUAUAUGCCUGCUCCAUUCUUUAUCGUACUAAACUUCCAUUCUUCAUAGUUUUCAAUAAGUCAGACAUUGUCAAACCAACAUUCGCUCAGAAAUGGAUGAAAGAUUUUGAAAAAUUCGACGAAGCUCUUGAAGAGACAAGAAGCUCAUAUAGUAAUGAUCUCAGUCGAUCACUUUCUUUGGUGCUCGAUGAAUUUUACGAAGGACUCUCCACCGUCUGCACUUCUUCCACUACCGGUGAAGGUAUGGAAGAUGUUCUUGAAGCUAUCGAGAAGUGUAGAAAACAGUAUAUUGCCGAGUACUUGCCAAUGUAUAGAAAGUUGAUCGAAGAUAAGAAAGCUUUAGAUGAGCAAGAACGUCAAGAAGCCAAGAAGGAGAGCUCCGCUUUCCGAGAAGUAGCUUCACUCAAUACUGAUGACAUGGGUGCGAAGUUGGACAAAAUCCAUAUUGGAGGUGUGGAACAAGAAAAUGCGGAAGAUGCUGACCUUUUACGUUCUUAG